ACGCCAUUCUGUGUGGACUACACACACAGACACAGAACUGAACGUUUCUCUCUCUGUCUGUCUCUCUCUCUCUCUCUCUGUCUGUCUCUCUCUCUAUCAGUCUUUCUCUCUCUCCCAGUCUCCGGGCUGAUCGUGUACUUUCCGCCGCUCCGGCUGAACUCUCCCCGCUGUCAGCUCUCAGAGGACCGGCCCGGGCUGCCGCUAAAUCAGGGCUGAGGGCAGGAUCAGGAUGUCGGGCGCUGCGGAGCCGGAGGGGAAGGAGUUGAGUCCGGUGGAUUUCAUCCAGCUGCAGCAGUACAUAGACUACUGCAGUCUGAAGGUGAAGGAUGUGCUGAGGGAGUUUGAUGCAGAUGGCCGCUUGGCGCAGUACAGGCAUGGAGAGUGCAUUGAUGAGCAUGGCUUCCGGCUCUUCCUCAAGACGUAUCUGGAGGUGGAGGAUUUCCCAGCGGACCUCUGCCAACGUCUCUUCAGAUCCUUCCAAACCUCAGACCAGACCAGGGAGGUGUUUCUGAAGGAUGUGUCCUGUUAUUUCUCGCUGCUGGAGGAUGGGCAGCCUCGAGACAAACUGGAGUUUGCUUUCAGGCUGUACGACCGAGACGGCAACGGAGUCCUGGACAGUUCUGAAGUGGACCGGAUUAUUGCCCAAAUGAUGCAUGCAGCCGACUACCUGGGCUGGGACGUGUCAGAACUAAGGCCUGUGCUGAAGGACAUGAUGACAGCAAUUGACUCAGACAGCAGUGGAACUGUGUCGUUAGAUGAGUGGGUGGAGGGGGGAAUGAAUAACGUCCCUCUACUGGUCCUGCUGGGACUAAAGAUGACUCAGAAGGACGGACAGCACUUGUGGAGGAUGAAGCAUUUUAACAAGCCUGUCUACUGUAAUGUAUGUCAGAACAUGCUGCUGGGACUGCGCAAACAGGGCCUGUGCUGUACCUGCUGCAAGUACACAGUCCAUGGGCGCUGUGCCAACCGAAAUCCUGACCCAUGCACUCGCACAUAUGUCAUGUCCAAGAAAGACAUAGGGGUUUCGACUCAUGACUGGGUGAGCGGGAACUGUGACUCUGGGAAGUGUGACAGGUGUCAGAAGAAGAUUAAGAGUUUGCACGGCCUCACAGGAAAGCGCUGUGUGUGGUGCCACACUUUGCGCCAUGACGAAUGUGUGAACCAGGAGCCUUCAGAGUGUAACUGCGGUCCCCUGAGAGACCAUAUUUUACCACCGUGGGCCAUAUAUCCUGUCAUCAAGCUGAGCCAAUUAACCCACCCACUUACUACGACUAUCACUUGUAAUGCUCCUGACAUUAGGAGGGAGAGGACAAACUGUGUAAAGAACAGUUGCUCAGGUGUGACAGACGACACUGACCACAACACUACACCUGAUGGGCAGGUACUACAGAUAAAUCCUGUUCCCAACACUCAUCCUCUUCUGGUGUUUGUAAACCCUAAAAGUGGAGGAAAACAGGGUGAGAGAGUUCUCCGCAAAUUCCAGUACUUGUUGAACCCUCGUCAGGUUUAUAACUUGUCCAGCGGCGGACCAGGACCUGGGUUAUGCUUCUUCAGGGACCUUCAGGACUACAGGAUAUUAGUCUGUGGAGGAGAUGGAACUGUGGGCUGGAUCCUUGAUGCCAUAGAUAAGGCCAGCCUGCCAGUGCGCCCCCCGGUGGCUGUGCUUCCUCUUGGCACAGGGAAUGAUCUUGCACGGUGUCUGAGGUGGGGAGGAGGAUAUGAUGGUGUGGAUCUGGGCCGCAUCCUAAAGGAUAUCGAGUUCAGCACCCCGGUGCUGAUGGACCGCUGGAGUGUGGAGGUGGUUCUAGAGGACAGUCAGGAGAGAGGAGACCCUGUGCCUUAUGAGAUCAUCAACAACUACUUCUCCAUCGGAGUGGACGCAUCAAUCGCUCACAGAUUUCACACCAUGAGAGAAAAACAUCCACAGAAAUUCAACAGCAGAAUGAAGAACAAGCUGUGGUACUUUGAGUUUGCCACCUCAGAGACCAUUUCUGCUUCUUGCAAAAAACUCAAGGAGUGCCUCACCAUCGAGUGUUGUGGUGUUCAGCUGGACCUCAGUAACCUCUCACUGGAGGGCAUCGCUGUUCUGAACAUUCCCAGCAUGCACGGCGGCUCUAACCUGUGGGGCGAGGCCAAAAAGAGUGACCGUGGUGGCCAGGACCUGCCUGAGGUCAUAGUCGAUCCUGAAGAAUUAAAAGUGAGCCCUCAAGACCUGAGUGAUAAGCGUCUGGAGGUGGUGGGGCUGGAAGGAGCCAUGGAGAUGGGUCAGAUCUACACCGGCCUCAAGAGUGCUGUCCGACUGGCCAAAACAUCACAGAUUACCAUCAGGACGAAGAAGCCCCUGCCCAUGCAGAUUGAUGGAGAGCCAUGGAUGCAGCCACCAUGUACAAUUCACAUCACGCAUAAGAACCAAGCCAGCAUGCUGAUGGCUCCUCAGUCCAAAUCCUCCGGCUUCUUCAACCUUAAGUAGUGCCUACGUCUGCCUCAGCAGCUCCGCGGGUCCCUGCGUCUGCGCGGUCCACAUUUAGCAGCUUGCUUACACGGACGUUGAGACUGGUGCGUUCGCGCAGGCCGAAAUGUGUGCAUAUUGGGAAGGAGCUCUCGUUUCAGCAGGAGUCGAGGAGGCUUCGCUUCAUGAGAUCUUUUGGAAAACUUUUUUUUUGCGUAAUCUGAGGAGAACCGGUCCUUUUCAAGAUGCCAUACAUUUAUAUACUCAGUGGUGCGUUGAGAAUGCUGUGUUAUUCUAGAUUUACUUGAGCUCCCUCGUGCCAUAACAGGAUGUUUCGUCUGCGGUGAGGUUCUUCCUGUGCAGGCUGAGCCUAGUGUGACCUGGUCUGGGAUAGGCUUAUGUUUUAUGGUGAAUCCAGCAAAAAAAAAAAAAAAAGCCCCACUUUUUAGGCCUCAAUUUGAUCACCUCAUCAAAAACUUCAGCGCAUCCCUACUUUAUUUUCAUUCAAUUUAAACAGACAGUUUACAUUACAGUUUACAGUUUCAUAUAUUGUGGUCUAUAACGCCCCCUUCUGCUAGAUAUGCAGUGUUCCAUUUACCUAGGAGCUAGGAAUGACCUUGAAUCGCAGGGAGCGAUGUUUCAUUUUUUUCAGUUCAUUUUUCAUUAUUAAUUCUAAUAUUUUUUAUAUAUUUUAAAACAUAUCCCAAAAACAGUAAGCAUAAGACUUAGGAGGGUUUACCAGUUUACCACAACUGGUUUAAAAAAGCUAAAUUCCCCAGUGUUUUAUCACAAAUCCAACCAAAAUACAGUACCGGUUAAAAGUUUUAGAACACCCCCAUUUUUUCCCCUUUAUCCUUGACAGGUCCAGUCAAUAAACCGGACAUGGUCCAAAAAUCCAGUGUACAAAAUUGUGCAGUAAACUGCCAGGGCUUUUACAGAAAAUGAAUUAAUGUAUUGUGAAAAAGUUUGUAAAUAUUAAAAACAACAACUGUAAUAUCAUAUUUUGUUUUAAAAAAGAGGGGUAAUUUUUAGCUAUCAAUCAUUGGUUAACAGCUUACAGCCGGUAAGUAUCAAUUAUAAUAAACUAAGCUUUAUUGGAAUUGGAUUUAAAAAAAUGUCACUUUACAAAUCCUUUGUCUGUAGUAAUGCAGCGCUGGAACAGAUGGAGUUCUUCUGUUACUCUCUACUGCAGCAUUCACACUUUCAUCAUAAUAACUAGAAAAAGACACAGAUAAAACACAGAGAACUCUGUAACUAUUAAAAAGUAGAAGUCUUUUUUUUUUUAGAGAAAUUACAGAUGAAGCCAGAGAGCAAUUGUAGUGUUUCCUACACCUUCAAAAGACUCUAGGAAACUGGAGAGAAAACUGCUACAGGAAGAUGUCUGGCUGACCCACAUGGAAAAAGCUUUAGCCUUUAGCUCAGAUUAACAUGAUUAGAAUGAGUCUCAGUUUCAGCAGUGAAGAGAUGAAUUAGAGGUCUGACAGGAACCAGGGAAGUGCAGUAUUAAAGUCAUUAAUAAGAUAAAGAGAAAAUAAAAAAGCAGCAUGUCUGGGUCGUACAGCACUGCAGCUACUGGACAACUAAACAAUAGGGGUGUUCUAAAACUUUUGAAAAACUAUUCCAGGUGACUCUCCCUAAUUAAAACAAAGAGUGUGCAGAUCUGUCCUCAAAGAUAAAUGUGCUACUUAGAAGAAUCUAAUUCCCCAUGUGUUCCUUUAUAGCUUUAAUAUGGUCUUUUAUAUAAAAUUUACAAUGUAAAAAUUCAUCAUAAAAAGAAAGAAAACACGCUGAAUGAGAAGAGGUGUGUCCAAACUUGUGACUGGUACUGUGCCAUAAGCUGGGGUUACAUGUUGGCUCAGUCUGCACAUCGAGAAAAUGCCACUUUUGUUUUCUGUAAGUCUAAAGCAUUGACCUAAAUGUUCUGUGGCUAUAGCAAAUACUAAUACUCCUUAACAACAAGACUUAAACCGGCUGUUGGAGAUCAGGUCAGAGCAUCAGCAGGUCAGAGGGAUCACUGGACCGUCGAGAUGGUAAAAACACAGCCAGUAAUUUAUUUGAUCUUAUUUGUGUUUACACCUGAACUGUGUGGUGUAAUACUGUAUUUAGAUAUAUGGACAUAUUGAUCAUUUUGCUUAAUGUUAGCAAGACGUCUUUUUCAGACCACUGUAAAAUAAUGCCAUUUUAGUACGUAUUAACAGCUUGAAUGUAUGUAUUAAAAGCUAACGAUGAGUUCGGUCGUUUGUGUUCCUGCUUGCCGGUCUUGUUAGCUCUGUAGAACUUUGACCAAUAAACACAAUCGACUGUAGAAAUCGAAGUAACCUCUUCUUGCGAAAUUAGAUUGUAAUUAGUCAUUUUUCGCUGUAGGCCUACAUAUCUUUUCAGUGUUGGUUAUGGUUGCUAGUAGAGGUGUAACGGUACAUAAUAUCACGGUUUGGAUCUCAGGACUGAUAAAACUUACCCAGGUUUAUUUUAGAAAUGCAAGAAAAAAUAUUUUUUCGGUUAAAAACUAGUAGAGAAAACAAAUAUUAAACACGUUUUUAUAUAUUUUGCCACUUUUUACCUUUUAAAGUUAAUUUAUUAGGUUUAGUAAUACAAAAACAGUGCAAUCUCAUAGAAAAAAUCAUUUAAAUAAAUAAAUAAAAAUGCAUAAAUGUAUUUGAUGUUGCUUUUCUAAGAAAGAAACAAUCACAAAAUAUUUACAAUAAAAAUAUGUUAAUUAAACACUGAACAUUUUUGUCAUCCCAGCUGGUUUUAAUUUAAUCGCAUAAUCAUAAACUGUAUUAUUUGGUAUACAUUUAUUAUUAAAAUUGGUCUUUUGUUUGCCAUUUUGGGCUGAAUAAUUUCCGUAGCCAAAUAUACAGUCCAAUCCUUAGUGUGUUUUGUUUUAUUUUAGGCCAUGUAUAUAAGCCCCACUUCAAUAUGUCAUUCAAAACUACAUAACAUACCACUACAUAAUUUACCAUCAGUGUUAUAGACCCCAAAAUACAGCCCUGUGGUACUCCACAAUACAUGCUAAACCAAUUGAUUAAUUAAUGCAAUUAAUCUUUCACAGUGGUUUCUGCAUUAAGGUUGUUAACUGAGGAUAAUUUAAACAGUUUGUGUUACAGAUUACAGUUACAUUUAGUGCCAUGAAUAUACAGUAGCCUUGUUAGCAUUGUUAGUGUUACCAGUUAAUCACAUUUAUUAUGCAGUAUUUUCCACAUCUAAACACCAUUUGAAUCAUAUCUCAGAUUGGACAGUGCACGCAGUUAGACAGAUUUUGGGUUGAAAUCAGAUGAUAAAAGGCAGAAUAUCAAUGAAAUGCCUGUUUAUUUUCAGUCAUUUAAUCUAAGGCUAUGUUCACAUUACCAGGUUGAAGUGACUUAAAUCAGAUUUUUUGCUCAAUGUGGCUCAGAUAUGAUUUGUUUCAUGGCUGUGUGAACAUGUCAGAUUUAAGUCACUUUCAUAUGUGGUCCUAAAUCGGAUACAUAUCCGAUCCAUGGACAUGGGACAUGAAUGUGAACGGUCAAAUCAUGUGGAAUUCAUGCAACUUUUUGCUUUUACGCAUUAGCAUAAGCGCUACGAGCUUCUCUCUCAUACCUGCACUCUAUCUCUUAGUGCAGCUGUGCAGCUAUAGCUGUAAAAAAACAGCAAAAGCAAACCGCCUGGCCUUUUUUCACCUCCUCGACCUGAGCAUAAACUUCAGACCAGCUGUUUACUGUUUCUCCACUCCAGCAAAAGAUGCUCCACAUAUGAGCUGCUAACAAACGCAUCCAUUUCCCUUUAUAAGGCUAUGAGUCUCUCUUCUCUCAAAUAUGAGGUUUUUUUUUUUGUUUGUGAAGAAGGAGAGGUUUUUAGACACGUGUCAAUGUGAGGCGCAUGUGAGGAACAUAUUCGUUCACAUUACACACAGACAUAGCUCACUUUUUUCAUGGUUCACAUUUGUGAAUGUGAACCAUGAAGAUCUGAGGAAAAAAAACAGAUUUGAGGGGGGAGGGGGGCAAACAAGACUACAGUUACUAAAGCAGUACUCCUAAACUACUACAAUUCCCACAAUGCCAUGCAAAUCCCACAUCUUACAGUUUGUUUAUAAUGAUAUGUAAAAUUACUGUAUGUACCUUAUUAACAGUAACAGGUUUUGGUACGAAUACAGGUACCGUUAUACCUCUACUUGCUGGUCAGACACUCUGAUGAUAAACUGAGGUGCUACUAAGGGUUCUGAGAAUAUUAGAGAAGAAGUACUAGUUAAAAGUCGAAUAGCUAGCAGUUUUAAGGUUCUUCCUGGAAGCUUUGCAUCAUUUAGGGAUUCUUAAUUAAACUUUAAAUGUUACAAAGGUUCCUCAACCUUAUAUAAAAUUAUUUAUCUACAGAAACAUCCAUUGUAACUUUGUGACUUUCAGGAAACCAAAAGUGAUUCAAAGCACAUUGUAUUGUAUAAAGAACCCUUAGGUACCUGUAUGUUUAAGAGUGUAUUGCCUCACUUUUUUCUCAAGCUUAUGAAAUGUAUGUAGCUCCUGAGAUUAUAGAGGAUCUUUCAGAGUUUGUUUGUGAAAUGACUGAAUAAAUAUAAUUACAAAAUGUUUAA